AUGCUUCCCAAGAGAGACACAGAGAACCUUUUCACAGUACAAACGCAUGCUCAUGAUUGUUCACUUGCCCAAAGGACGAAGUUCGGAGCUGCCGCGGAUUCCUCGAAGGCAGCCAAGAAGAAGUCAAGCAAGAAGGCUAGAUCCGGAUCUGAAGUCGCCCAAUUCGAUCAGAAAACCAUCAAUGAAUUCAAGGAAGCCUUCGGUAUCAUGGAUCAAAACAAGGAUGGGAUUAUUGACAAGGGUGAUCUCAAAGACUUGUACGCCACAAUGGGGCAGAUCGCGUCCGAAAAACAAAUCGAGGACAUGAUCAAGGAAGCCCCUGGACCAAUCAACUUCACCGUCUUCUUGACGCUGUUCGGAGAGCGAUUGACAGGAACUGAUCCUGAAGCCACUAUUGUUGGGGCAUUCGCAAUGUUCGACAAGAAGGACUGUGGAAAGAUCAAGGAGGAUGAAUUGAUAAAAAUCCUCCAAAACAAGCGAGGAGAGCCCCUUGAUGAGGAUGAGGUCAAGGCCAUGUACAAGGGAAAACCUCCAAUUGAGAACGGUGAAGUCGACUACAAGGCAUUCGCUCAUCUCAUCACCACCGGUGCUCAAGACGAACUUGCAGCCGCAUAA